UGGAAGAAGCAGCUGGAGGAUAAUGAAGAGGGGAUGGUUUAGAAUAGGAUUAACAGCAAGCGAGACAGAAGGCAAAGACACUGAAGACACAAAAUAGUUAACACAUGAAGAAAAUGGAGCAGAGGAAAAUGUCAAGUCCCUGUUUGUCCGCUUUUAAAGAGCAUAGGUCCAGAGCGAAGGGAGUUGGAGGAGAAGGGAAAGGUUGACGCACACUCUGCAUCCCAGAAAGCCUCUGACAGCCAAAGUCCACAGCAGAUUCUUCCAGUCUAAAAGGACCACUUGCAGACAUUUCAAAGUAAAGCAGAAAGUUCCUUCCAAACCUUACCUUAAUACGGGGGGACGGCGGGGGAGGGGGGAUAGAGAUGGGGACCUGGAAAAGACAGAGUGUCAAAGUGUAGUCUUGGGAACGUAAGCGCUGGGUCACAAAGGCCUGGACAAUAGCCGAAAUCAAGGACAAAUAAUACGAUACAUAAACUUGGUAACCUGGCAUUUUAGAGGCAGAAAUGAACCGAACAAGAACAACUUCAAGCCCCGCCCCAAACCCUGUCAAUCAUUCCCCCUCCCUCUCUUGAUUGGUCAGUGCCCUACAAAGGCUUUGGAUGAAACGUGCUUAUUUUAAUAUUGAUUGGCAUGAGAAAGAAUCCAUCUUUGCCCAGCGAUUGGCUGACCAGUCCAGGCUCCGGCCAAUCCUGAAAGGGGCGGGCUAGUUAAGCGUCAGGUUUCCCCCAGCAGUUUUCUUUGGAAGUACUGGUCAGGCUAGUGACUGGCCCUUUUCACUUCUCUGGCCCUGAAACGGUAGCUGAUGGAGCUUUCUUACCAGACCCUCAAAUUCACGCACCAGGCACGGGAAGCGUGUGAGAUGAGGACAGAAGCUCGGCGAAAAAAUCUCCUUAUUUUGAUUUUGCAUUACUUAACACAAGAAGGAUACAUCGAUGCAGCCAAUGCUUUGGAGCAAGAAACUAAACUGGGGUUACGACGCUUUGAAGUUUGCGACAACGUUGACCUUGAAACUAUUUUGAUGGAAUAUGAGAGCUACUAUUUUGUAAAAUUUCAGAAAUAUCCCAAAAUUGUCAAAAAGGCAUCAUCAGACACAGUGGAAAAUAAUUUACCACAAAGAAGUGGAGGGAAGACCAGAAGAGUGAUGAGCGACAGCUGUCAAAAUCUUCCCAAGAUCAGUCAGCAGAGGCCACGGUCCAGAACCACAGCGGGGAAAUCGGGGGAUGCCAAAUCCCUCCAUAAGGAGCAUCCUAAACAGGAGGCUGUCAAUAAUCCCCAAGCGGGGAGUACUGACUUUGGCUUGAGCAUAUCAGGAAUCAACAAAGGCAGUGGAGAAGAAAACGUCCGCCCACAAAAAGGCCAAAUCGUUGACUUCCGAGGGCUGCUCACAGAUGCCAUCAAAGGAGCAACCAGCGAACUUGGCUUGAACAGCUUUGACUGUAACCCAGACCCCUCAGAACGAUUGUUGAAACCUCUGAGUGCAUUUAUUGGCAUGAAUAGUGAGAUGCGAGAAUUGGCAGCCGUGGUGAGCCGGGACAUUUAUCUCCAUAAUCCAAACAUAAAGUGGAAUGACAUUAUUGGACUCGAUGCAGCCAAGCAGUUAGUCAAGGAGGCUGUUGUGUACCCUAUCAGGUAUCCGCAGCUGUUUACGGGAAUCCUUUCCCCCUGGAAAGGUCUACUGCUGUAUGGUCCUCCAGGCACAGGCAAGACCUUACUGGCUAAAGCUGUGGCCACGGAGUGUAAAACCACCUUCUUUAACAUUUCUGCAUCUACCAUUGUCAGCAAAUGGAGAGGGGAUUCAGAAAAACUUGUUCGGGUGUUAUUUGAACUUGCCCGCUAUCACGCCCCCUCCACCAUCUUCCUGGACGAGCUGGAGUCAGUGAUGAGUCAGAGAGGCACUGCUCCUGGCGGAGAACAUGAAGGAAGCCUUCGGAUGAAGACAGAGUUACUGGUGCAAAUGGAUGGCCUGGCUCGCUCAGAAGAUCUCGUGUUUGUCUUAGCAGCCUCUAACCUGCCAUGGGAGCUGGACUGUGCCAUGUUACGCCGCCUGGAGAAGAGGAUAUUGGUUGAUCUCCCCAGCCGGGAGGCCAGGCAGGCCAUGAUCCACCACUGGCUGCCCCCCGUGAGCAAGAGCAGAGCCCUGGAGCUGCGCACGGAGCUGGAUUACAGUGUGCUGAGCCGGGAGACGGAGGGCUACUCGGGCUCAGACAUUAAGCUCGUCUGCAGGGAAGCAGCCAUGCGGCCUGUGAGGAAGAUCUUCAGUGCCCUUGAAAAUCACCAGUCAGAGAGCAGCAAUUUACCUGGAAUCCAGCUGGAUACAGUGACCACUGCUGACUUCUUAGAUGUGCUAGCUCACACCAAGCCUUCAGCAAAGAAUCUGACUCAGAGAUACUCAGCCUGGCAAAGUCAGUUCGAGUCUGUAUGAAAUCACACCGACCCUGACCGGGCCACAGAGACCACCACGGAGGCCUUGCCAUUUAUUAGUGUAAGCAGAAGAACAUGAUGGUUGGGAGAGAAAAGAAAAAAUUAUACUUGAAGACUGAGUUCAUUUGAACAACUCGACUGUUUUGGAAAUGAGAGAUAUUUUUGUUAAUCUUUCCUGCCUGAUGCCAGCAGAAUAUGGAAGAUGUCAGUUACAGGUAUAUAGGCUAUUAGUCGUGCAAUGCAGACUUCUCCCCCUUCCACUGAGACUCCCUACACUUUGAUGAACGAUUUCUUACAGUGUUCCGUGUUUGUGAAUUGGUAUUUUUAUUCUGAAGAAAAAGAUGUAGUGUUGGAAGCUGUGCUGGAAUGCACAGUGCUUCCAAGUCAAGGGGGCCCCUUAGAAGCGAAGCGUGACAGACCAUCUGGCCAGUUGACGGGCUUGAGGGGGGUUAAGAAUGGUGCGGGGAAGGACACAUGGUGUUUUUUUCUGACGAUGUCCUGAGUGUCAUCAGCUCUCCCUAACUCUGACCCCAACCAGUAUGAUCAGCAGCAAAGCCCCAGCAGACUAGCUCCCCCACAGAGGUCUGGGGGAGGGGCUUCGGGAGCCUCAAGCCACCAGCUCCCAGUCCCCGUUCCUAACAUCUUCCGACUCUUCACAGCACGUGUGCUCUGCCUUCUCCUGAUGGCCACAGCUCCUCAGUGGAUCCACAGCUUAGGGAAGGGUAGCCCCAGGACAGUCAUCCUGGGGCUUCCCUUCCCUUAGGCUCCCCUGCAUCUCCUUAUGGGGUUGUUAACAGAAGCAGUUCCCUCAGAAACUCGUGAUCUGGGCCACCUACUUUAAACCCUUGAAAAAUGCCACUAAGUGAUGCCACCACCACUCUUCCCCGCUAGAACUUACCUGUGGUUGUCCCUUCCUUCUUCCCUUACUCACCUCAUUUUCUUCAUCCCUCUGCAAGGCACACUCCUCCCUGAAGAAAAACUUGCAGGGAAAGGGGUAUUUUGGAUAGCUAAACAUUCCAAAGGACUUUAUCCUAAUUUUAAACAAAAACAAAGCAUUUGGGGGGUACUGAUUAUUUUGAGAAUAUUCUGAAAUGCCUUUUAAAAUGCCAUUUCAUGGGUAAUGUAGUCAAACAGAAAAUACACCAUAUAUAACAAAUUAAAAAUA